AUGCUGCAAGCUCGGCAGCACGGGACCGAACUUUACGUUGGGGUCCAUUCGGACGAGGAUAUUUUGGAAAAUAAAGGACCCGUGGUGAUGACGCUAGAUGAGCGUCUGGCCGCCGUCGACGGGUGUCGGUGGGUGACGAAGUCCGUUCCCGGCGCUCCGUACGUGACCGAUCCUGCCGUCAUGGACAUGUACGGGUGCAAAUACGUGGUCCACGGCGACGAUAUCACGACGGAUGCCAAUGGAGAGGACUGCUAUAAAGUUGUCAAGGAGCUGGGCAGGUUCAUUGUGGUGAAACGCACACCCAACAUCUCCACCACAGACCUGGUUGGCCGGAUGCUGCUGUACUCAAAAAACCACCAUCUGCCGCCCAUUCUCGCCAAGGACUGGCAAGACUACGCUGCUGGACAGCCAUCGCAUCCUCUUCUUCAGCCCGACGCGGUCAGGCGUUAUAAAGCCUAUGCCACGUGCGAGGACGGCAAGAACCCUGGGGUAGCUGUUUUCGCGUAUGCUACGGACACCGGCGAGGUCCACGAGCUCGUGAAGCCCAGCGCAGACAGAUUUGCGUCGUCCAGGAUAUACUACAUCGACGGCGGUUUCGAUCUCUUCAACCCGGGACAUAUUGUGGCUUUGAAGAAGCUCAAAGAGCGCGCAUCGGCUGACGGCGCGGCUGUGCUUGUUGGAGUCAACAACGACGAGGACGUCAAUGAGCACAAGGGCAUCAAUUAUCCUAUCAUGAACUUAUUCGAAAGAUCGCUGUGCGUGCUCCAGAGCAAAUACAUAGACGGGAUUGUUCUUGGCGCUCCCUACAAGCCGACCAAGAAUUACGUCCUCGAGUUCCCUGUGCCUGUGCUGAAGGUGUUCCACGGGCCCACCUUCGAGGAUGAGGACCCCUACACAGAGAUGCGAGAGCUCGGCCUCUACGAGAACCUGGGCAGCCACGAGUACGACAACAUCUCGACCGAGGACAUUGCGAGCCGUGUUCUGAAAAACAGAGCGGCGUACGAGGAAAGACAGCGGCGCAAGGGGUGGAAAAGCGAGCACGAGAGGCAGCUUGAGCAGCAGGAAAAAAAGCUGGGCUAG